AUGACUAAGGAUGGUGUCAAAUAUCCCGGGCUACGUAAAGAGCCAGUUCUCAAUGGCAUUUCAAAUGACAGCAACUUCAGGCGAGUUUUGGAAGUUCACAUUGGUGCCCUGGUCCCUUUGGUCCCCAUCGCUAUCACCAUCAGCAAGAAGUUUAUUCCCACUGUGGCCAAGACCCAGUGCCAGAGAGCGGGGCCGGGUGUGCCCCCGUUCGGAAUCCUCGUUUCAGCACUUCGGACAGCGCCCGGGAGCCCCGGGCCCUUUUGGUUGGCCAUGGCGAGCGUUCAACAAGGAGAGAAACAGCUUUUUGAGAAGUUCUGGCGAGGAACCUUUAAAGCCGUGGCCACCCCGCGUCCCGAGAGCAUCAUUGUCGCCAGUAUCACGGCCCGCAAGCCGCUGCCAAGGACAGAACCCCAGAGCAGCCCCAUGGUCCCAGCUCAGGAUGGACCCUCGGAAAAGCUGAGCCAGCCUCUGGCCACUGAGGUCUUGGGCUCCAACAGCUGGGAGAGAGGCAAAGCCUGCCAGGAGGCCAGUCCUGCCAGAGCACACAGUGCCUCCCAAGGCAAAGACUUGACGCCACCCCCUUCCUCCAGGGGGAAGAAGAAAAAGAAGAAAGCUACCCGGAAGAAGAGAAGGAGGUCCCCAUCAUAUAGCCCAUCGCCUGUCAAGAAAAAGAAGAAGAAAAGUUCCAAGAAACAUAAGAGACACAGGUCAUUCUCCAAGAAGAGAAGGCACAGCUCCUCCAGCCCAAAAAACAAAAGAAGGGAAGAGAAGAGGCACAAAAAACAAUCGCGAAGCCGGCCCCGAAAGUCUCACCGCCACCAUCAUCACCACUGCGCCUCGCGAUCUCAGAGUUCGGAGUCCCGCUCCUCAAGCUGUGACAGCAGGCACCGUGGCCAGUCCCCCGAGGAAGGGCGGAAGUCCCGCCGAAGGCACUCUCGCCGCUGCUCCAAGAGCUUCUGCAAGGCCAGCCCUGAGGCCCGGUCCAGCCCCGCGCCCAGCCAGCCCCUGCAGAUGCUCAGCUUCCUGUCGGCCAGGGGUGUAAUCACUGGGCCGGGGGCUGCUACCCUCUUUACCAGAACUGCCAGGCUGCUCGCCACGUCCCGAGGACGCUCCCAGGAGUAUGACUCGGGCAAUGACACCUCCUCGCCACCCUCCAUGCAGAUCAGCUCAGCCAGGUCUCGGGGUCAGGAGAAGGAGAGCCCCACUGGGGGCCUGAGCAAGAGCCGGGGCCCCAACAGCGGCAACACCUCUGAUUCAGGGAACUCCUUCACCACCUCCUCUCCCCAGAACGAGGGGGCCGCUUUGGAGAAUCUCUCCCCCACCAGCAGGGGCAGAGAGUCAAGAGGAUUCCAGUCGCCAUGUCUGGAGUGCACCGAGGUGAAGAAGUCCAGUUUGGUCCCACCCACAGCCCGGAGCUCCCCCAUGAGAGGGCGCUCCCGCAGCUCGUCCUGUGCCAGCGCCCACUCCUCCAGAUCUCCAAACCCCAGGGCCUCCCCCAGGUACACCAGGAGCCGAUCCACCUCUUCUGGGAAAAGGUCCUCCUCCCGCUCUCGCAGCUAUUCCUCCAAUUCUGGCAAGAGGAGCCCGCCUAGCAGAAGCUCUAGGUCCCGCCGAAGCCCCAGCUACUCCCGCUACAGUCCCAGCAGGGAGCGGGACCCCAAGUACAGCGAGAAGGAUUCGCAGCAGCGGGAGCGCGAGCGAGCGCGGCGGAGACGUCGGUCCUACUCGCCCAUGCGGAAGCGCCGGAGAGACUCCCCGAGCCACCUGGAGGCGCGGAGAAUAACGAGUGCCCGGAAACGCCCCAUCCCCUACUACCGGCCCAGCCCCUCUUCAUCCAGUGGCCUCAGCAGCACCUCCUCCUGGUACAGCCGCUCAGCCAGCCGAAGCUCUUCCCGGAGUCCGAGCCACAGCCGCAGCCACAGCCGCAGCCACAGCCGCAGCCGCAGCCGGACCCGCACUAGCAGCAGCUGCAGCUCCCGCAGCCCCAGCCUGGGCUCUCGGAGCCGGAGCCGGAGCCGGAGCCGGAGCUACAGCUCAGCAGACAGCUACUCCAGCACAAGGCGCUAAGCAAAGGCCCUCCCUUGAGCCAGCUGCCUGUGGUGCCCCCUUCACUCUGCCAGCCUCCCCCACUCCCUGCCCACCCUGCCUUCUCCUUGGUAUAGACAUUGAGGGCUCCUGGGCCCUGUCCUUCCUGCUCCCCUGGGGGCGGGAGGAAAAGAGGGUAUGGGGGCUUCAGCCUCUAUGUCGAGCUCCUAGGAGCCUCCACCACACCACCCUGGGGCUCAACUCAGGCCUGAGCAUGUGGAGUGAACCACCUUCUGUUGGCACAGAGAAAUCUCAAAGGUUUGUAAGAAGCGAUGGGUCCGUGACUCAAAAGUUUGGGUCAGGCCAGGAAAAUGUAGAGAGAGCUCUGCUCACCCACUGCUGGCAGGUGGCACACGAAGGCCAGUGUGCUUCCUCACACCUGCCCUCAUUCUCCUCUCAUUCAGUCUCGUGGCUGCAUGUGUGUGGACCCUGAUGGGAGUGAGGGGUGGAUGUUAGAAGAGACCAAGGGCAGUUCAGGCCCAGGAGAGGGGUCAGGCCUUUCAGCUCCCCACAUAGGCCAGAGCAAAAGCUAGAAGGCUGUUGGGUCCUAGAAAGGGAGACACGUGGGUAGGGGUCAUGGACAUUUCAGCUGGGGGUAGGUGUCAGGAGAUAGGAGAUGGACUCUCGGGCCGUGAGUGUAGAAGCAAAAAGGAGGGGGGCAGUGUGCCACUCGCAGUACCUCCACGUGGUCAGGAAGACGGGCCCAGUAGCUUCUAGCCAGGGAGAGGCCACCGCACCGUUUACACAAAAUGCCUCUUGGCGGCCCACACGGACCCGGCGACCUCUGAGAACGGACACGGUGGACAGCAGGACAGCCUGGUCUGCGGCCCCGCUUCCCAAAUUUGCCUCAGUCCUGUUAGCUGGCAGCAGCUUAAUUCCCGGGACCGUCUGCUGAACGUUCACCAGUGCCGUGGCCCGCUGCCAGUCCCCAGCGCCAGCCAGUCUGCCCUUACCCUCCGGUUGGCGCCUGCCUGCCCCCUCCCCACUGCCCAGACUGCCACACCCUGGAUCCUCCCCAGUGCAGCCCAGCACCCACCCACCCUCAGCCUAAGUCGCCUCCUUUGCCUUUCAGGAAUCUUGCCAGGAUGGGGCACAGCAGCUCAGGUUUGGGGGAAAAGAUCCAAAUGCAGCGAGUCUGGGGGAAGGGGGCUUGGAUGCUCCGCAGCUCGCACUGGUUUCCGGAGUUUCUUAUCAGCUCGGGAAAGCCCCACCUUCAUUUCUGCCCUCGCCCCACUUUCCCCCACCCAGGGCUGGGCAGCGAGGGUAAGUUGAUCUCCAGCACACAAAUACCACCAGCUGCUUCACCCAUGGAAGGCCCUGAGAACAGGGGCGUGAGGGAGAAGAUCCUUAAAAUAAACUCUUGGGCAUCCCCCUCACCAGCUGACUGGCUUUCCGGAGCCUUGCGGGUGAGUUUCCAGUUUGUGGUGGCAACAGCAGCAGGACAGGGCGUGGAGGGAGAGGGUGAAAGGGACAGCUCCAGCUUUGGAUGCUGGGGCUUUGGGAAGCAGAAGCCAAACAUUCUUUAUCCCUU